CUGGGGGAACACACUGAUUGAGAGUUCCAGAUAAUCCCCUUUCCAGUCCUGCUUGACAUCUGGCCAGCAGGCUGUGGGCCUGGACUUCCUGGGACACUGGCUGGGGUUUGAGGAAGGACCUCAGUACCUACCUGGCUUCAGGAUGAAGCUGGCCACCGGCUUCUUGAUCUUGUGGCUCAGCCUGGGAGGUGGCCUGGCUCAGAGUGACACCAGCCCCGAGGCUGAGGAGUCCUAUUCAGACUGGGGCCUUCGGCACAUCAGGGGCAGCUUUGAAUCUGUCAACAGCUACUUCGAUUCCUUUCUGGAGCUGCUGGGAGGGAAAAAUGGAGUCUGUCAGUAUCGAUGUCGAUACGGAAAGGCACCCAUGCCCAGACCUGGCUACAAGCCUCAGGAGCCCAACGGCUGCAGCUCCUAUUUCCUGGGCCUCAAGGUACCAGAAAGUAUGGACUUGGGCAUUCCAGCAAUGACCAAGUGCUGCAACCAGCUGGACGUCUGUUAUGAUACUUGCGGUGCCAAUAAGUAUCGUUGUGAUGCAAAAUUCCGAUGGUGUCUCCACUCUAUCUGUUCUGACCUGAAGCGGAGUCUGGGCUUUGUCUCCAACGUGGAAGUAGCCUGUGAUUCUCUGGCUGAUACUGUGUUCAAUACUGUAUGGACCUUGGGCUGCCGACCUUUUAUGAAUAGCCAACGGGCAGCCUGCAUCUGUGCAGAAGAGGAGAAAGCAGAGUUAUGAGAAAGAGGCGAUCCCUUCCUGGUUUUGAGUGACGCCACAACUGUCAGUCUCUGAGAUGGUAGUGUGGCAGAUGUGUCUCAUCCUUGCUUCCAGAAGUUUGGAUACCACAAAGCAAGAGAAAGAAAGACUUGUUCUACAGCUGAGAAGUGAGUCCCAUCCUUCGAGGAGAAUUGGAAAGAAGCCAUGGAGUGAUUUGAAGACUACUCUUCAUUUAACAAUGGUCUCCCCAACCAAGACACAUUUGCCUGGCAUUUCAGUUCUUAAAGACUAAAAUAAAGACAAAAAUACUGGGA